GUGCGUUGGUGGCGGGCCCAGGCCACCCGAUUCCUCAUGCGCUGGCCCUCCCUGCAUCUCUGCCACGUCACCAACCUCAUCCGCCACGUCAGCAUCAGCCACCACGUGGCUGCCAGGCUGGCAUUCUUCGAGGACACGCAGGCGGAGAUCAUAAGAGACGUGGCUGCUGACACGGCAGGGGAGGGCGCCAGGUCAGACGUGAGGAAGAGCAAACAAGCUAAGGAGCUACAAGGCAUGGAGUUGGGUAAGGGGGUGGAAAUAGAGAGUGUCAGCAAAGCUUCUUGGGCUACUAUAGGGGGAAGGUGCAGUGUGUGUGAGGAGGAAGGGUGGAAAGGGGAGGUGAUGGGAGGGGAUGGGGAGGUGGGAGAGAGCUGGGAUAUGCAAGCAGGGGUGAGUAGUGCUAAUGUGAAGAAGGCUGGGUUGGAGAAGAAAGAGAAGCACGUGCUGUACUACGUGCAGAAGCACAACAAUCUCGUGGUUGGGGUGGGUCGAGAGGCGGAGAGUGGCAAGCUGAGCGCGCUCAUGCAUCACGUGCAUCAGCUGCGACUGCUGGAACCCCACCUCGCCCACGUGUGGCUGCACACGCCCUCCCAGGCUCUAUUAACCAAGGCAUCCAACUACCAUGAUUGGACGUUCCUCCAUUCCACCAAUCGGACAAGUCCUGACGCACUCCAAGACUCAGGAGCAGCAGCAGAGCCAGCAGCAGAAGCGAGGGCGCUGGCAAGUCUACUGGUGGCGGCUCAGGGGGAUUUCUUUGUGGGCGGGCUCGGGUCGCACUGGGGAAGGCUGGUCAAUGAGUUGCGGUCCACUAAUGGCCGCCUCUUUAAUGUGUUUGUUGCCAUGGAUGAUGACGAAUGGUGA